UUGGCUAGUGGCGUCUGCUCUCUUUCACUUUCUUCCUUCCACUGCUGCGUACGCGCACGAUCCCGAGCUCCUGCCGGCGUCCAGCUCACAGUUUGUUUGUUGGAUUAUUUGACAUCAGCCUAAAUAGACGUAGUUGUUCGCGCGGUAGAUGUGACGAAGGGAAGGCUGUAAACACUCAAAACUACAGCGGCGCGAUGAUCUGCGUCAGGUGUCGAAGUCAAAAGCGAAAGUGCGUUCUGUGCUUUUGUGUUUGUUUCACUUUGUUUAAGUGGUUUACUCUGCUGACUUAAAACUACUCCUUUUGCACUGUUGAUUUACUCAAACGCGGAAACAAGAUCCCAUGAAGAUGAUUGUGGUGAUUUUGUUUGGAUUCUUCCUGACGUGCGUUUGUGCUGACGGGGUUGCAGAUGUGGUACUUUCCUGCACCCUGGUGGAGGAGGGGAUGGGAGGAGGGACAUCCUUCACGCGAACCCCAGCAACUCUCAUCUUGAGAGGAGUCACAGUGCCUUCCGACGAAUCACUUGAAACACUCACUCCGUUUUUGCCGACAUCAAUCCCAGACCCAGAGGCCAUCCUAUUGGAAGUUAAAGUGUCAUCACCCGAGAUCCCCAAUGCACAUGUGUUGCUCCAUGCGGACUGCAAUGAGCAGGAGGUGAUGUGCGAAAUGAGCCGUUACUCCCCUCACGGAUCCCAGGAAAGUCCAGGAUCAACUUAUUUCAUGGUGUCCCUUGAGGUGGAGGGAGUGGAGUUCGGCACUUCGUUGAUUCUGCAGACUUUGGUGGUAGAGAAGGAUGAGUCGACCCUCAUUCAAAACAAACUGGGUCUGCCUCUUAGCCGCUCAGGAACUCUUCUGUCUGAGGUGAUCUUCUUGGUCUAUUCCCACAUGAAGUCUGUGUCUGCCCCUCUGAGGGGCGACGCCAUCCUCGACUGUGGCUUCAAGCAGCAAGAGAUGCCUUUAGCGCAGGAAGUGGCCGUUGAAUGGCGACUGCAGCACAGGGGGAAAGGGUGGAAAGUGCUCGAAAUUAAGACACGGCUGGAUGAGGCAGAAGGGAGUGCAGUGGUGCAUGCAGAGAGGACUGGAUCAAGCAUUGAUGCUUCCCAGAUUGUUGGAGAGGGGAACGUCUCUGUGAUUCUGACCAAGCUGAAGGUCCUGGACGAGGGGACCUACAUCUGUACCGUCAGCAUUGGCCCUUUUCACGCGCAGCAGGUCAUUCAACUCCAGGUUAUUCAACCACCUCAUGUGUCCCUUUCAGAGGAGAAAUUGGUUUUAAACACAAAGUCCUCUCAGACGCUGACCUGCUAUUGCGCUAACUAUUAUCCACUGGAUGCUCAGAUGGAGUGGCUGUCCCUCUCUGCUGCAGACACAGAGCCCACGGUGCUUCCGGACCAGGGCUCUCUGUCCAGCCACCGGCAGCAUGGCGAUGGGACUUAUUCCCUCUCGUCUCACCUCUCUGUGGCCUCCACUGUCCCCCCCGGGACGAUUAUUACCUGCAGGGUGUCUCACCCGGCCCUGCAAGCUCCUCUCUCUGUCAGCCUGGUGGUAGAAAGUCCACAACCAGGUUCCUAUUGGUGGGUUCUGGGUUUCCUGGUCGUCACUUUGCUUUUUUUCUACCAGGUCAUGAGCUAAAUUAAUCUAAAGCCCAGCCCAGAGUGACUUUUUUCUGUGUGUCAUUUGCAAGUCUGUAAGAUAUUCCUGAUUUCAUUAGGAGAUUUAAUUUCUCCAAAGCAUCCUAUGUUUGGCCUGUUUCGAGCUGACUGGGUCAUUGUAAAAGGUAUGUCAGUGCAUCAGUGCAUUUUUUGUAUUGAAUCUAGAAACCGGUCAAAUCUCUUUAAGAUAAAUACAAAAUUAUUACAGUGUAAUAAGUAAUCUUAUAUCACUUAAAUUAAAGUAAGUCGGCUAAAAUGCCAAGAGAAUAUAACAAAGGUUCUGUUGAGGAUUUAUUUAUUGGCAUCAGCAAAAGUGUAAAGCAUGCAUUUGUCUUUGCAAAUCCGGUUGCAUCGUCUCACUGCAUUUUCAGGUUGUAAAUCACAAAACAUAUUCCCAUAUCUCUGAUAAUUGCCUCAUAAUACUGUUACACAAUAUCAUCAGAUAAUUACAACUAACUGCAACAAUUCUGCACCUGUAUUUUAUUAACUCUCUAAAUCAGUCUGAAGAAAGGAAAACCAAGUUUUCUUUUAUCAAACAUCCCUCCAAAACCUGAAAGAAUUUACACAUUUUCAGGAGCGUAAUCUGACAUAUGUGUACUAUUGUUACAUUACUACAUGUUUUAGCAGUUUACUAUAGUUCUUUGCUGUCUCUGAAUAUUAAUAAAUUAAUAAAAUCUGUCAAACUUUU